AUGCGUGCCUCUUGGACCCUCGCUGUUUCCGCCCUCUACACAACAACUAUCUCUGCCAAUGACAUGCAAUAUGCCAUGGGCGGACUCGACCUCCCUGGAACCAUGUACGCGUGUGCUAGCCCAUCAAUCACUUGUACAGACCCGUCACUAAACAACCACGACUGCUCAUGCACGUGCACAAACGGCCUCACAUUCAAGCAGCCCGUCCCCUCGCCAAUUGGAGACAACGCGACCGCCUGUCCUUCGCUAGACGAGUGCCAGGCGAGCAACGUGCAGUGCCUGGAGCGUGAGCAGGCACUAGAAGUACAAUUGGUAUCCAAGCAACAACAGCUGGUGAACCGCGAAAAGACACUAUCAGCGCAGCUCGCAGCCAAGCAAGCAGAGCUGAACAAUAAUAAGCCCUUUAUGUUUUUGCCCAUGACCUGCCGCGUCGAGACGAACAACGGCAUUAGCAAUUCUGGCACCGCCUACCGGAGACUCCCAAAGAACAGCCCGAGGGAAUGCGCGCAGCUCUGCUCCAAAUCCGGGUUCUUUUUUCUCGGAGAUGGAACUGGAUGCUCGUGCGGAAACACCUCUCUUGGCACCGUGGCAGUUCCGGUGGCCGAGUGUUCGACAAAGUGCCCUGGAGAUCCAAAUCAAACGUGCGGGUCGCCGAUAAGGGUAAUGGUGUACUUUAAGUACUAUAUUUGA